GCGGCAUCCCAAGAUGGUGGCACCCAGUGGUGCUAUGAGCGAUUCGGAGAGCAGCAGCAGUGGCAGCAGCGAUGCGGAGGAGCUGGCACGGUGUCGCGAGGCGGCGACGCCCGCCUGGGGUCUGGAGCAGCAGGGAGUGGAGAAACCGGAAGCCGGUGCUGCAGACAAACCAGUGCCGGCCCCCCAGCCAAGCCGCAGGCGUGAAGUAAGCCAGCAUGAGGAGGAUGGCAACGAGCUUCAGACCACUCCUGAGUUCCGAGCCCACCUGGCCAAGAAACUGGGAGCGCUGCUGGACAGCUCCAUCGCCAUCGCAGAGGUGUGGAAGAGGACACAGCAGCAGGCAAAUAUGCAGCUGCAGCGGGCGGCGGCAAAGGAGGGGGACGGCUUCCGCCUUUUCUUCACAUCCAUCCCCGGAGGCCAUGAAAAGGAAGCUUCUCCAAAACCCUGCCGAAAGCGCCAGCCCCCCAGCUCCAGCGAGGACAGUGAGGAGGAAUGGCAGCGGUGCCAGGAGGCAGCUGUGUCGGCUUCAGACAUUCUCCAGGAGUCAGCCGUGCACUGUCCUGCCAAGGGCGAGGAGGAGCCCGAGAAGAAGAAGUUGAAAAAGAAAGCCAAGAAGAAGGUGGGCGCUGACCUCCCUGCAGCCACAGGCCUGGAACAGGGAAAGGAGGCAGGCGGCAUCAGUGGGGACCCAGUGUCGCUUGGGACCCAAAAGAAGAAAAAGAAGAAAAAGGCCCAGAAAGCCAGAGAGGCUUCCCUGUGCCCCGCAGCAGAGUGUGCAGCGGCUAAGCCUGAGAACUGACCCCAGGCUGUAAGUCCCAUGGCUACCUGCUCUGAAGAUCAGGCACCCGUGGGCUUAGGGCUGAGCCAAGCCACACUCCCAGUUUCCAGCUUCCCACACUGACUGCCCAUGGAUGACUUCAGUUAGGCUUGCCCAAGAGUCCAGGCAGAGAAGUGGGUGUGGGGGGAGGUCUGAGUGAGGCCGCACUGGACUUGUGGAUCCAGAACUCCAGAACGUUCCCUGGCUUUUGAGACUGAAUCUCAGAGCAUGCGUCUCCCCGACCUGUGCAGCUUCCUGUGACGGUUGUUCUUGAGAAUGAUAGGGAGGGGUCUCCAAGCUACGGAGGCCCCCAAAAACGUCUGUACCUCUCCCCCAGCCCACACAGACUUGACAUUGUCUGGAAGAGAAGGAAAGAUCUCCCCCACUUCCUCCUUUCCCCACAUUUGUCUAAAGCAUGUUAAUUGUUAAUAACACAGGUAAGUCAGCUCACUGAAAUCAGGUGCCAGAGUGCCGAGCACCUACCUAGUGGAAGGGUGCAAGGCCCCAAGAGAGAGAAAAAGGAAAAUAAAUUGUCAGUGGCCCAAGACAUAGA